AUGAUGCUACCUCUCUGCAGCUUGGGCGCCAGCGCGUCAGCUCGAUUCUCACCUCAAAUACGCGUCCUCCCUCCCACCUCGAGGACCGUAGCCACUGCGGCAGCGUCGGCAGCAUCACCGGAGAGGCUCCCUGAAACAACACCCUCUUCGACACCAAAUCCAGAGCUCUUACAACCCCGGCGUCGCCGCAUUAGCGAGGCAAGGCCCUUUUCCGACUUCCUUACAGACACCUUCCACCGGCAGCAUGACUACCUCCGCAUAUCUGUCACGGAGAGAUGUAAUCUCCGAUGCGUCUACUGCAUGCCCGAGGAGGGCGUACCGCUCUCGCCAAACCGGGGGCUUCUGACCACGCCUGAGAUCGUUCUCCUAUCGUCCGUCUUUGUAUCCCAGGGGGUCUCAAAGAUCCGCCUGACGGGAGGAGAGCCGACGGUCCGGCGAGACAUCUUACCUCUGAUGCGCCAGAUCGGAGAGCUGCGGCGGCACGGGCUCAAGGAAAUCUGCAUCACGACCAACGGCAUCUCGCUGUAUCGAAAGCUCGACAGCAUGAUUGAGAGCGGGCUGACGGGUGUCAACCUCAGCCUCGACACUCUCGACCCUUGGCAGUUUCAAAUCAUGACACGGAGGAAGGGCUUCGAAGCCGUGCAGAAAAGCAUUGAUCGUAUCCUGGAGCUCAACAAGCUCGGUGCCGGUAUCAAACUCAAGAUCAACUGCGUCGUCAUGAGAGGCGUCAAUGACAGAGAGGUGCUCCCUUUUGUGGACUUGACUGAGGAGAAGGACAUUGAAGUUCGCUUCAUCGAGUACAUGCCGUUUGACGGCAACAAAUGGAGCAAGAACAAGAUGUUUAGUUACUCAGAGAUGCUAGAUCUUAUCAGGACAAAGUAUCCAACCCUGCAAAAGGUCCAAGAUCACAGGAACGACACGAGCAAGACAUGGCACAUACCCGGGUUCGCUGGCCGCAUCGGCUUCAUCACAAGCAUGACGCACAACUUUUGCGGCACCUGCAACCGACUGCGCAUCACGGGCGACGGUAACCUCAAGGUCUGCCUGUUUGGAAACGCCGAGGUGUCGCUGCGGGAUAUACUCCGCAAGUCCAACGGCGGCGAGCCCAUCGACGAGCAGGCGUUUGAAGCCAUGAAGCAGAUCGAGAUGGACCGCCGGAGGGACCUAGCGGCGUCGAACCAGACACCUCUCGGCCUGGCGCCCAACGAGAUGGAGCUGCUAGAGGUCAUUGGCGCUGCCGUCAAGAGGAAGAAGGCCAAGCACGCGGGAAUCGGUGAGCUGGAGCACAUGAAGAACAGGCCCAUGAUCUUGAUAGAUGCCAUGAAGCCUUCUCUAUCUCGCACCAUGCCGCCUCGGAUCCAAUCCCUGUUACGUGAUGGCAUAUUCACCCCUAGGGGCUCAUCGACAGUUCGCCAACGGCGACUCUUUUCUCAGACUCGCCAUGUUCAAAAGGACGAGGACGAUCCCCCAAGGCCGAAGCUGACCCACGUCUCCGACUCGGGAGCAGCACGGAUGGUGUCGAUAUCAGACAAGACCGUGACAUCACGCAUCGCCAAAGCUGUCUGCACCGUCCGAUUCUCAACCAAGACGGCCGUCUCGCUCAUCAGGGACAACCAGAUGCGCAAGGGGGAUGUCCUCGGGGUGGCGCGUGUCGCGGGCAUCAUGGCCUCGAAGCGGACGCCCGAUCUGAUCCCUCUGUGCCACCCGAUCGCCCUCUCCAAGGCCGUCGUUGAUCUCGACGUCAGGGGUGACAACAGGAUCGAGAUCGCUGCUACGGUCACGUGCGAGGGGAAGACUGGUGUGGAGAUGGAGGCCCUGACGGCGGCGUCUACGGCGGCCUUGACCGUUUAUGAUAUGUGCAAGGCGGUCGACAAGGGCAUGGUGAUUGAGGGGCUGAGGGUUGUGCUCAAGGACGGCGGGAAGAGCGGGAGGUGGGAGAUGGAGUGA